AUGACGAUCGGCCUCGCUGCCGCCGCCCCCCGUCGUUGGGUCUCUGGCUCGUUUGCUGAUUUCAUCCAUGCAUUCAUGAUUCCUGCCAGCCCAGCCCAGCCCAGCCCCGUCCCCGAUGGUCCAACGCCCUCACUUCGCUGCUGGCGAUCAUCCUGCUGCUUAUCGUCAAAGCUUCUCCCUCCUUUUCCUCCUUCCCUCCUCCCUCUCGACCCCUUCUUCUUCCUCCCUGUGUUCGUGGUUGCCAUCCUCUCGGUCCUUCGUCCUCUGCCACGCUUCGCGCGACCUCCUUGCGACCAGCUCGUGUGCUCGCCCUUGCUCGUCGCCGCUUUGCGUCCGAUCGUCCGUCCAAGGGACCCGGUUGGGGAUCCUGAGCUGAGGCUUUGUCGGAGUCAAACGAACUUUUGCUCCGCCAACCUCCUGUCCAGGCAUCCGUGGAAACUGAAAGGAAUCGGAAUUCAGAGAGCAGAAGUCAUGAACCCCUCUAUAUCGAUACCGUCAUGGAAGGAUCGGCCACACAACCAGUUUGCUAAGGUCCAGAUUCCCGUCGUGCCAUGGCGCUCCUUCAAGCUGCUGAUGCCGCAUCGCAUGCGGCGCAAGUUACGGUCGAGAUUGCGGAGUCGUGUCUCUCCUGCGUCCUCCAUCGCCUCUCUCCAGACCUCCUUCUCUCCCAGGGACACGCUGCGCUCGCUACAGUCUCACCGAUGGACCUUGUAUGAUUUCCAGUACCUGCUCCUGAUGAUCGUCGGCAUCUUCUCCCUCUCGGUCAUCCAAUCUCCUGGUCCACUCGGCAAAACCGCCGUCGCCACGCUGCUCCUGACUUCUUUACUCCUCCCUGUCACCCGACAAUUCUUCUUGCCGUUUCUGCCCAUUGCUGCGUGGCUCAUCUUUUUCUAUGCUUGCCAGUUUGUUCCCCCAGAAUGGCGCCCUGGCAUCUGGGUCCGCGUCCUCCCGGCCCUCGAGAACAUUCUAUAUGGCGCCAAUAUCAGCAACAUCUUGUCUGCCCACCAGAAUGUGGUGCUGGAUGUCUUAGCCUGGAUUCCCUACGGGUUAUGCCAUUACGGAGCUCCGUUCGUGUGCUCCUUGAUCAUGUUCAUUUUCGGGCCGCCCGGGACGGUUCCGGUCUUUGCCAGAACCUUUGGUUAUAUCAGCUUGGCGGCCGUCGCCAUCCAGCUGGCCUUUCCAUGCUCCCCGCCUUGGUACGAGAACCUCUAUGGUCUGGCACCAGCCGAUUAUUCGAUGCCUGGCAAUCCAGCCGGACUGGCUCGCAUCGACGAAUUGUUUGGCAUUGACCUCUACACCUCCGGAUUUCACGCCUCGCCCGUCGUGUUCGGCGCCUUCCCGUCUCUCCAUGCCGCAGAUUCCACUCUGGCCGCCCUGUUCAUGAGUCACGUCUUUCCCAAGCUCAAGCCGCUGUUCGUGACCUAUACCCUCUGGAUGUGGUGGGCCACCAUGUACCUGUCUCACCACUAUGCCGUCGAUCUCGUCGGAGGUGGUAUCCUGGCUGCCGUGGCCUUCUAUUUUGCCAAGGCUCGAUUCCUGCCGCGAAUUCAGCCUCACAAGCGAUUCCGUUGGGACUACGACUUUGUUGAAUUCGGCGAUGCUCCGGAAGAGUACAGUUACGGCCUGGCCAACUUCGAUGGUGACGCCAGCACGGAUACCGAAGAGUGGACUGUGGGGUCAUCCUCUUCCAUCUCCUCUGGCUCUCUGAGCCCGACGGAUGACCAUCAUCUCUGGGAAGGGGAGACCCUUGGUUCCAACUCCGACCUCGAAGUCGGUCGCUAA